AUGCUGGCUCCUUCUGAAGUAAAGAAACACGUAAAGAAGACUCUCGAGCUGUAUCCAAUAGGUGGAGGACCUCAAGAAAUCAGAGGAGCUAAAGAAUUUUACAUGUACAUGUUCACCCAACAUCCCGAUCUCCGCAAAUACUUCAAAGGAGCCGAAAACUUUUCAGCAGAAGAUGUUUUGAAAAGUGAAAGGUUUGACAAGCAAGGCCAACGUAUUCAGUUAGCCAUCCACAUUCUCGCCGACUCCAUAGAUGACGAGCCAACAUUCCGCGCCUACGCUCGAGAAACCGUUAACAGGCACCGUCAGUACAAGAUGGUUCCAGAACUGUGGGGUGCCUUUUUCACGGUUCUCGUAAACUUUUUGGAAACAAAAAGACCGUUGACUGAUGACGAGAAAGCUGCUUGGAGCCAGCUGGGGAAAAUUUUUGACGAAGAAUGUCAAAGCCAUUUGAAGAAUCUCGGACUGGCACAUGUCUGA